GACCCCACGAGGCUUUCCUGCCAUUGCUUUGCUCUCAGCGAUUGGGGGCCAAGGGGGCUUAGACAAACUAAUAGCCCACUAAAAAUACUUGGAGCUCAGCGCGCUGGCCAGGCCUUUUCCUGCGCGUGGGCCACUGCGGAAAGAGGAAAUACAAGGUGGGGGGUGGACUUCUCUCAGACAUUAUAAUGUGUCUCCCGCAUCCACCCUCCUCACACACUGCUGGUUAGAGCCAGUGCAAGCAAGCCCCCCUCCCCACCUUCAUGAGUGACCGUAGGAGCCUGAGGCAAGGGGCUUGAGGUCAGCACGGGGCACUUCGGUUUCUCGUCCCUGCUGGUCGGGGUACGAGUAGGGAGCUGGUCUCACCUAACACAUGUGUCCAUGACACUUGUGUCUAUUUAUUCUUGUCUUGCACAUCAGUAGGACAGCAUGAUGGACGCGGCCAAAGCAUCCAGUGGCUACGUGAAGGAGUUUACCCGCCACUGUAACGACGUGCUGCUCAACCUCAAUGAACUGCGGCGCCGUAGCAUCUUGACGGACACCACCCUGGCGGUGGGCAAUGUGCACCUACAGGCGCACUCUGCAGUGCUGGUGGCCUGCAGCGGCUUCUUCUACUCGCUGCAUACACAUCACAUGCUGCUUGGCGGCGGCAGGGAGCAGCUCAUGACUGUGUCCUUCCCGAGCCACCUGGAACCGAGCAGUGUCUCCCUCCUGCUGGACUUCAUGUACACUUCCCGUCUCCCUCUGACGCCCGCCAUCGCCCCCGGCGUGCUGGCUGUGGCGGCUUAUCUGCAGAUGGACCACGUGGCCGACACCUGCCGGGACUUCAUGCAGCUGCACUGCAUUGAAAAUAUAAGACUUCCUCAACUGGUGCUGGACUCCAGAGUGUCUGUAGCUUCUGUGGCCCCUAAAGGUGGAGACUUGCCAGGACCACUGAAGUUCCUCCCGGCAGCAGGGACGAUCAGGGUCCCCGGGGAUGCCGAGCGUAUGCCCAUGCCGGGGGCUUUCCCCAGCCUCAAGCUUGGUUGUGAGGAGCUGAAAAAGGAGCCCGACUCCCCUAUUGCGGGUGUGCCGGCUCCGUCACCAGACAGCCCUGCACGCUCCACUUGCCAGCCCAGCUCACCUGCUGAGUCCAAAACCUGCAAGGAACACCUUGCGAGCGACACCAAAGCCCCAAUUGACCCAAAGGUCUGCAACUGGAAGAAGUACAAGUAUAUCGUCCUCAAUCCUCUCUGUGCUCGGAGCGCCCCGAAAGAGGAGGCGGAGGAGAGCACCGCCGUGACCCCGCAAGCCCCCAAAGAGGCGUGGCCUGGUGAAGUGCCCGGUCAGAUGAAAAGACAGGGGCAGGCCUCCUGCUACGAGGGUUCUGGCCGAGCCCCUCCCCCCCGGCCAUUUGCCUCGGCGGAGGAGGGAACCGGUGCUGCUCAUCAAGCCGUCAAGAAAGAGUGUUACUACACGCCUUAUAGUUACCGUAGCAACGGUGGAGCAGCCAAAACCGUCCAGGCGGGCGAGAAGCCGUAUCGCUGCAACGUAUGCAGCGCCCAGUUUAACCGACCCGCCAACCUCAAGACCCACGCUCGCAUUCACUCCGGAGAGAAGCCAUAUCGCUGCGACACCUGCAGUGCACGCUUUGUUCAGGUUGCUCACCUCAGAGCGCAUGUGUUGAUUCACACUGGAGAGAAGCCUUACCCCUGUCACACCUGUGGCACCCGCUUCCGCCACCUGCAAACCCUCAAGAGCCACCUGCGCAUCCACACGGGAGAAAAGCCGUACUCGUGUGAAAAGUGUGACCUCCACUUCCGGCACAAGAGCCAGCUGCGCCUUCACCUGCGACAGAAACACGGCGCCAUCACCAACACUAAGGUCCGCUACAAGGUCCUGACCGAGCCCUACCCGUCUAUUCUGCAAGCCUGCUGAAGAACAGCUCUCGAGCCCAAUCUCCAAAAUGAUCCUUAAAUAGGGUGGGGAUGUCCAAAGUGGUACAUUUUUGGCACACAGCUCAUUUUGUACUGAACCUCAGCACAUUUUAAUUAUAAAUUGAGUCAAUUAUGAAUGAGAUGGAUUAUAAGAUAGUACACUAGUUUGCGUUGUCUGCAAUAACAUAGUUGAAUACAUUGGAUUGCUUUAGUGCACAAAAAGUAUCAGCAAAUGCAGCCUUUUAUCUAUUUGUAUGCAGGCCUCGGCGAGGAAAAGGUUUGGACAGCGCUGGGUGAUGGGAAGUUAUGGUGGCGCUAAGCGGGCAUCUUUGUUGGAUUUGUAGGGAUGCAAGUGACGUUACAGGAAGUUGUUUGGCAAGUUUGUGAAGAGUUGUGAGGCGAAAAAGAGCAGAAAGAAAAUGUCAUGUAUGUCUAUGGUUUGAAGGAAGUCUGUUAGGGGGGAGUAUAAAAGCACUUAGUGGUGAUUUACAAGUUUUGCACUGGCAUUUCUAUUUAAGUGUCUUGAUGUGCGUAGGCCUGGUGCCUGCAUGCCCACUUUUUAGCUCAUUUAUGCUGCUGACAGAGUCCAAGCAGGCAAAGGACUUAAGCAGACAAUUUACAACAGAACAUGUAGUUGAGAAACACUAAGGAAUGGGAUUUGCUGGCCAAAGAUGCUUUGUAUAACUUGAAUUAAAAUACUUCUUUUUUUUUUA